CGUCCCUCCCCCUAGUUAUUUUUUAGCAAAUCCCGGAAGUAUUGUUUUUUAAAGGGACAGAAUAAUUUCAUGGGCGAGGGCUUUGGACCAAGAGCCAAGCAGAAAAUAGCAAAGGCCCGUUGGCAUAGGACGUGGAAAGGAGAAGAAAGGCAAUCAAAAUAGCUUUGUCGACAUUUUGAGACCAGGAUCUUGUACCCAGGCUCAUCGGUCAGAUAUAACGUUACCUUCGUUCCACUGUGGGAUUUCAACGCAGAUAGUUUGACGUCGAUUACACUGAAGAUCUUGAGAUCCUGCCUGCUGUCUAAAAUAGCAUCAAACUCUUUCUCCAGAUAUGAUGGGAAUGUUAGUUUGCUGACUGCUGCAGUCCUUGUCAUUGUCAUCGUUGUCAUCGUUGUAUGUUUGCUGUGGGGGAGGAACAGAAAUAAAGGCCUGCACUCCCUCAUCAUUCCAUGCAAGUAACCUUUCAACUCCUCAGUCUUGAAGCAAGAACAACCACGACUUUAGAGCACCGACAGAGAGGACGGAGAAACAGACCAGUAGGAAAGGGCUGGAGUUCUUAGAGAGGUUGUGUCUCUGGAAUGCCUGGCUCAGGAUGCAGCCGCUGAGCAGUUCACUCCUUUCAGGAGCCAAGGGGAGGCGUGAUUGGCCGCUGGCCUUAUCUGGCUGGAGCUGUAGGAGAGAUAUUAUCUAUUCAUUGGCACGUUCUGCAAGGCCCCUCCCACCUCACUGACGCUCUGCCCUUGGCCCCUGUUAGCUGCCUGUGUGUCUGGGAAUGCUGUUUUUGCAUCAGAGGGGCAGUUUUGGAGAUGGGCGAAUUCAGGGGCUAAGGACAGGGUCAAGAUUCAAGGGUCAACACAACUUAGAAGCUGCAGGGGUGGAUGUAGAAGGGUCUGAAGCCAAGCUGCAGGCUCCAACAGGCACGUAGAAGCAGUGUGCACUGUGGAAAUCAGCUUGUGCUAACUCCAUAACUGACCCUUGGAAACUACAGCCUUCCAUCCACCUAGACGGGAAGCUUACUUUCACUUUCACAGCCUUGUUGCACUUGUUUGGACAUUCUAGAACUCUCUAGAGCUUGUGUCUUUAUUAUUUAACACUGCACAACUUCCCUUGAAACAAUCACCCAGCACAAGCAAAGUCACUAUGCGUCACAUCCACGUGGAACUGGCUCGUAAAGAGCCGGCCGUAGAGCUUCCAGCCCAGGAUGGCGAUCUGCCUCUGCCUAGCACUCGGAGCGAGAGCCCUGAACCUGGACUACGUCGAGUAGUUCCCAGACCUUUUGGAGAAGAGGAGAUCAGACUGCAGAAGGUCUACCAGCUGUCCAUUCUCUCACAAAGAGGUGGUUUUGGAGAAAAUCAAGAGACUCUGCGACCCAUCAGAGUAGGCAUGAAACGUAGCCUAGAGGGGACGUCGGCCCCUGUCGCCCACAAGCGUCUUUUCCAAAAAGAUGAUGAUGACGAUGACGAGUCCGAUGGGGGGGUGCUGUGUGGGUCUGGGGUGGAUCCACUUUUUUACAACUCGUUCCUUGAGCACAGAGACUCAGAAAUCCCUAGGUCUCCUCCCCUUUCCCCUUCGCAUCCACCAAUUCCUGGUCGCCGCCCAGCCCAGCACAACCACGACAGGCCUAUCCCGGACGUCUUCGCCCCGCUGUCCCCAAAAUCUCCUCCAAUGGUGGACCCUCACUCCACCUGGGGUCACUGCGAGGGGAGUCCUCCUACCCGUACUCCCAGGACCGAGGCCUCCACAGCAGGAAACGUCCCGGCUGGCUCCAGCGAAGAGCCACAGAACGAAGGCCACAACUCUGUGGACGUCAAGAGCAUGUUGUGUGCCAAAGAGAGCAGUUGGGCACCUGUCCCAUUUUCAACACCCGCUGAAGCUGUUGAAUGGGGGGCAACUUUCGAAUCUUCUCCUCCACCAUUGGAGACAAAGACCUCCUCCUCUUCCUCCUCUAACGGACUGAGCUCUCUUGAGAAAACACCAGGGGAAGAAAAUAGCCAGAUACCAGGAUCAUCCAAUUCCUGUCCAGUGAAGAAAAGACUUCUCUCCUUUAGUGAUACAGGAGAGUCCUGCUCGGAGGAUGAGGGUCCAUCCACAUCAAAACGCAGCAGGCUGGCACUGUUGGCACCAGGGCUCGGAUUAGCGUCCUGUCGCAGCACUGAUGCCAAGGGUGCACCCUUCUGGAAUCAUCUACUACCCUCAGCAAGAGAGCACACCAAGACUGCUACAGACUGUUCGCGAUCAAGUAGAAGGCUCAAAGCAGGGAGUCGACUCAAAUCUCGACAGUUGCGCAGUGGACGCAGAACAGACACCAGUCGCUCCUGUAGUUCAGUCUCCUCUUUAUCCUCCAUUAGCAGACCUCUUCUUGGCAACUUUGAGGAGUCAAUUCUGAAGGGCCGUUUUACUCCAUCUGGGCGGAUCGAGGGCUUCACAGCAGAGAUCGGGGCUAGCGGCUCCUAUUGCCCACAGCAUGCAACCUUGCCUGUGCAAGUGACUUACUAUGACACCUCAGAGCACAGUGCCCCGUCUCCCUUCCUGGGGGUGAUCUUGCUAGAACCACUUGGAAAAAAAGGAUACAGCGUACCCAAAGCAGGGACCAUUCAAGUGACCUUAUUUAACCCCAAUAAGACUGUGGUUAAAAUGUUUUUGGUGACGUAUAAUUUUGGGGACAUGCCCGUUAAUCACAUGACCUUCUUGCGCCAUCGUAUCUUCCUGGUGCCUGUGGAUGAGGUGGAGGGGCAGGAGGGCUCGUUGUCUGACAGGAAGAAGAUUCUCUGCUACUUGAUACACCUCAGAUUCCAGAGUUCCAAAUCUGGGAAAAUCUACUUGCACAAUGAUAUCCGGCUGCUAUUCUCCCGCAAGUCCAUCGAGGUGGACACUGGGAUUCCUUACGAGCUGAAAUCUUUCACCGAGGUGCCAAGAAACCCCAAAUACUCCCCCAGAGUGUGAGAUUGGGAUGCCCUGCUACAGUGGGGCAGAAGGACCGCAUUAAUAAAGACUGCAAGACAAGAGACCCCUGUACACUUGAACACAGACACACUUGCACUCAUACAUGCAUACGCAGACAAAUGUAUGUACAUACACACAGAUAUCACACCCUCUUGAGGGCAAACUCUAGAACUGAGUGUGUAACAUGCAUGCCUUGUGACUAAAUUGAGUUUUCCUCUAGUGCCGUUAAACAGUUAAGCUUUGCCCUUCACUCUGCCUGCACCUGCCCACUGUGGACCGGUCGUAAACAUGCCCACCAACCCGGUCUAAAAUGUUGGGGGCCAUCAGUAGAUAAGGACUUCCUCGACUAAAGAGGACUGAUUGGAUGUACAAAGAGGUAUGAUGGACGUGGAAGCAUAUAAUAUGGAAAAAGAGACUGGGGAACAAUGGACACCACCAGUAACUUGCCCAUUGGAGGGGAUUAGAAAGUUCUAGAAAGAAAGAGACCAGCAGAACAGAGGACUGAAAGUGCAUCCAAUUCGGUAUCUGGAUAGACCUCAGUAUUUUGGACAUUUUCUGGUUUUGGAAGGGCAGUUUGUAGGACAUUGUGGUUUCAACUUCUUCUGAACAGUCCAACAUCAGAGCAGAAAACAAACUGUAGUAUUUAUGUUCGCAAAUGUCUUAAAAAAGAAAAAAA